GAUGGAAAGUGGAAACCAACUCCAGGCUAGAUUCAGUCUUGUUGCUGUCAUCUAUGAAUUUACCUGGUGGGGAACUGAGAAGGAGAUCUGCAGAAGAUGAGCUUGCAAUGAGGGACUAUUUGCAGGAAGGAGACCUCAUCAGCGCAGAAGUCCAGUCUGUAUUUUCUGAUGGGGCUGUGUCACUGCACACCCGAAGUCUGAAAUACGGGAAGCUUGGCCAAGGUGUUCUUGUUCAGGUCUCACCCUCCCUCGUGAAGCGCCAGAAGACUCACUUCCAUGACUUGCCCUGUGGUGCGUCUGUGAUCCUCGGCAACAAUGGCUUCAUCUGGAUCUACCCAACUCCAGAGCAGAAAGAUGAAGAGGCAGGGGGCUUCACCACCAACUUGGAGCCAGUCCCCUUGUCUGACCGGGAAGUGAUCUCACGACUCCGGAACUGCAUUGUGGCUCUGGUUACUCAGAAGUUGAUGCUCUUUGACACCAGCAUCCUGUAUUGCUAUGAAGCAUCCCUUCCCCAUCAGAUCAAAGACAUUCUCAAACCAGAGGUGAUGGAGGAGAUCGUUCUGGAAACCCGACAGAGGUUGCUGGAUCUGGAAGGAUAGGGCACCCGGCCAGAAGUGGUCGUUUGAACUCCCACCGUGGCAGCUUUUGAUUCCCAGUAUUUUUUCAGUAUCCCAGCCCCCACCAUUCAUUCCAGGCUCAGAAACCACCAAAAUUCCUCACUUUAACUACUAGUUAAAGUGAGCCCUUUUUGUACGAUAGUACUAAGUAGUACUUAGGUGCAAUGGCCUUUUAGUGCAGCAGCAUGAAAAGUGGAUUUCUAACCUUUGUAAAGAUGCAAGUGUAACUGGGAUGUAUCUCAUUGCACUAGUUGCUGUGUCUAGUGCCUCUGAAGUUGGUGCAGAACGAUAAGAGAACAGGAUGAGUUUUGUGUUCAGUUUUCCUCUCCCCAAUGCUUUCUAAAUGGUUUUGAUUUUUCUUUACCGUGAUAGAGAUCUACCAGUCUGCGACUCUGAGAGUAGUUUUUCUCUUAAAGACUGCAGAUCACAGGUACAAGUCUUAGGAGCACAGGAUUCUUUUUAGAGUGUCCUCACCCUGAUAACUACAUUUUGGGUUUGAUUGUUCAUGGCUUACCUAUCUCAAGGGUAUGGGAGUGGAUGUAUCAUGAUGCGGCUGCCCACGUGAACCAGGUAGCCGUUUUGAUGGGUGAGCAGCGCUCUCUCAGUCCCUCUAGGCGCUGUGCGCAUCCUGCUGGUCCUUUUUAUAUGCCUAAUAUAGUGAGCUCCUCUUCUGGGGAGGCUUCAGUAUUGUUUUCUAUUAAAUAUUUUACAUGUUAAUUAAACUUUUUUGAAAGAGAGAUCAGUCCUUCAGGAGUGUCUGCAUUGGCUUGUCUUCCUCCAGAAUGAAUUGGGUCUAGCUCAAGAGAUGCAUUUGGCCAGGACGCUCAGAAUGGUUGCAGUGUCUCUUUAUGUCCCCUUCAACCGUUACUCUUCUUCCCACUCAAGUAGAACUGCUCCAUCUUCUCCAACAUAUCUUCCAUGAAGAGCUCCUCUUGUAAGGUAGAUUGCCUGGCAGUGAUUACUGUGGCUCACGUUCAACAUUGCUUCCCUGCAAGAUCCUGUGGAGUGGUGAGUCAUGCAGCUGUGUCUGGGGAAGGUGGGGAGUCCAGUAGGACACUGGCUGAGAUCCUCAGGCCAGUGGUUAGAGCUGGGCAUACUGAGCCAGAUGCUGGCAGUUGGUCACCUUCCCUGUACAGAAUGGACAUGAUGAUUUCCUUUGAAUGUCCUCUCAGAUCCUUGGUGCUGUAUUAGAACUGUUUGUAUUACAUAUGUAUUAUAUGUUAGAGCUGCUUGCAGCGCUGUGCUGUAUCUGUUAAAAAGGCUGAAGAAGCAAAAAGUCUGUCCUAAUUGGCACUGAAUCUAAUUUUAAUAUUGGAAAUUCUCCUGCUUGCCCGAGGCAAAAAGAAAAACCCUUUGCUGUUUUUUUUUUUUUUUCCCAGGGAACUAGAAAUAUCCUUCUAGUUGCUUCUCAUCCAGUUCUGGCUGCUCUGCCUGUGGCCCAGCAUAAGCACUAGGUGGCAGCUUCUGAUCGUGUUUGUAGUAUUAAUCUGCUGCUGCAGCUCUGCCUCGUUGCUGUGCCAGAUGGCAAGGGCUGGAUAUUUGCCACCAGUGCUGCUGCCCAAAUACUAACUGCAGCAUUAUGGUGCUCAGUGGCUAAGGACAAGCAAGGACAUGGGUAACCUAUUCUACUGCUGUACAACUGAGACUUCUGUCUGUACUGGCUCUGUACAACAGUACUUAACGUUCUUGAGGGUGUCACUGGAAAGCUCCAUACAUGAGCUAGGAAUUGUUAUUUUGAGCUCUGUGAGGAUUUCCUGAUAAAUGUUACAACCACAUCCUCAAGGUGACUUGGGAAGUUUAACAACUGAAGCUUAAUGGUGAUGCUUUCAGGUUUGUGCAUGAGGCUGGUACUGGCGUUAUCCACAUCUGCAUGGACAGGAGCAGCACAAAGAGGCUAAAAGCUUUCAGCCACCUCUAUUUCUUCUAAUUAAAAAGUACUUUUUUAAUUUUUCCAAUCCAAUUGCUGGAUUAGGCUGUUUGUUAUUACCAUGCAGAGGCAUUCAAGGAUUUCUGCUGUGCGAUUUUUAGAUAUGAACAGAUAGAAUAUCUGACGUUUCCUAAUUAAAACAAAAUUUUUAAAGUUUAGGUGACUAGUCCAAAUUUGAUCCGGUAGAUCUCCUUGCAUCUCUGCUACUUAAAAUGACACAAGUCCAUGCAAGUUAAAAAGUGGGCCAAGGGGUGAAAAGACUGUACUUCACUACAUCCCAAAGAGGUUUGAUGAUUUGAUAUCUGGAAAUGGUUCUCCUGAACUGUUACAUGAAUGCAAAAUGCUUCCCUGUCCUCCAGUGACGUUUCUGAACGCGUCUCACAGGUCAGAAGGGGGGUGGGGGUUAUGAGGCUAUUGAAGGUGCUGUAGGUAACGUGGUGGAAGCAUGGGUGGAAGUGUUCUCUGCAGGUGAUUAAGUUAGUGUUGCGUGGAGCACCGAGUGUGAAUACUCAGACCUGAAGGCCAGCCAGUGCCAGGUCCUGAUAAUAUGGAACCCAGGAAAGGGCUGCUGGUGCCUCUGCAGUAGGCUGUGUGGUGCGCACAGCUGAGUUGUCUCUAUUAUUUUUUUUCUACAUAGCAGAGCAACAGCUCAGAUGUCUUAACAGAAAAUGCAUAGCUUUGUGUCUAAAGAGAGUCUCUUUAAAACUGUGCUCUGUGCCUACGUUUCUAAUGCUAGCCCUCUCUCCCCACCGUGAACCAGUUCUGGUUACUUGUGCUCAAUAAGUGAAUAUAUAACCUGAGAAACCAUGAGCUCAAUAGCUAGACUGCUUCAGCUCUGAAUUUUCUGAUUCUGCCUGCUAGCUGCAGCAUCCCUGAUAUUUUGGACUUGGCUAUGUGUCAAAUGGGGACAGCUAUGUGACUCAUGCAGUUCCUGCUUUCCGGCAUACCUGUCACUUGUUCCCAAGCCUAAAAACAGGAGCACCAGCAGGUAAGAUUUGAUUAUUGGUCAUUUCUAAUCUCUGAUAAGAAGUGUAGGUCCUGGUAUUUUUCUCCUGGGCCACAAGGGGUCAUUGCUGUUCUUUCCUAAUUCAGCCAGCACUGCGCUAAGCCCAGACCUAAAUUUUGAAAGAAGGCUUCAACAGGGACGUUGCUGGGUGUUCUUGCAAGCCCAUCAGCAUGGCUUUUCAAGCCAGCAGUUAACAGAGAUAGGAGAGGAAAAAACUUGCAUGGGGAGGGAAAAGCUUUCUGAGCAGUUGUAAAGGUGGUAAAGAAAGGUACUUGUCCAACUGCCGUUUACUGUUGAUUUGAUUAAAUCCUUUGUGGCUUUUCUCUGACAAGUGUUGAGGAUCACCAGUGCUCAUCCACUUGAAAGGCAAUCAGAUGUCCUGCUGGGGCUCAUAGUGCCCCUCUGGAGAAGCCGAAGUGUCACUGUUGAGUCAUGUCCCACAGUAUGGCAAAUGACUUUUCCACAGUACCCACUAGAGAUGAGUGAAGAGUCAGAGAAGGUUGGGGGUGGGGGGCGAGGGUUUGGCAAACCAGGUAGGCUCUGACUUCUCAGAUGGGUGGGUGAGCCUGGGGUCCUUUCUCUAUAGGCAAGUCCACAGAGGAAGGAAGGCAGACUAUAUAAAGAAUGCCUUUGAAGCAGGAAGUACUCAAGAUGUAAAGGAGACUCUAGCAAAGCAGAGUCUGCUUGAAUUCUUGAAAUAGUCUGUGGGAUUUUUCUAGGCAACUUCCAAGCAGGGAAGGUAAAGAGGAAGGAUCUACGGUUUCUCUGGCUUGGGAACAAAAUCAUAGUCCAAAGAGGGGGUAGGAAAAACAAAUCAAAUAAGUGGUCAUUUUUAUAUGAGGAACUGCAAUAUGCGCCUAGACACUAAAACUCCCUAGACCAGUCUGACAUUCCUCAUCACCACUGUCCAAUGGCAUGAAACCUGUUUAUAAGCUGGCUGUAGCACCUGCCUGUUCUGCUUGCUCCAAAGCUGGUACAUAGCAUAGUUGGGCUUAUACUGUUGGCACUUUCUUGAAAGUGGAGCUAGUAAAUAGUUCCCCUGCUUGUGGGUGCUGCCUGCAGAAAUGGGAGCACAAAUUCAGCUGUCUGUAGAAAUAAUUUAACUUGCUUAUUGGUGCCAGUGUUUCAUUCAUGUACUAAUAUGAAGAAUGACAACCUCUCCCUUUAUUCCCAGUAAUAACCACUGGGAUUUAAAACUUGUGCUAAUGGAUUGUCAAUCCAAUUACUGCUGCUUAUUAUGUUAUUUCUGUAUCAUUCACAUCCAGUUUUGCUGUUAAAGCCAAGUGAGUGUUACAAAGAUCAUGCUUUGAGCAGGCCCUAGAAGAUGCUAAAAACCCGCAGAGAUGAAAGGCGCGGGUUCCCAAGGACCGAUACUUAAUAUCCUAAGAGUUGGUAUUUGGUAAAGAGGUUGGAGCUUUAAGAUAUUGUUGUGGAGGGGUGGAGGAAACAUCACUGCAGCUUUUGGGUGUAACAACCCGCACUUAAUGGAAGGUAAACAAAAAAAGCAUUGAAACUUCUUUUAUGAAAUAGAUGGGAGGUACCCAGGCCACAUGCAAGGCCUUGAUUAAAACAAUCUGUAACAGUUUUUUUUUCUAGCCUGGAAAUGCAGCUUCUGUGGUCACACAGUCUCUGAUCUCUGUCUUCCCUAAUAACUUCUGCACCCACUGGGUAACUUCAAGGUUGUAAACCAGUGAAUAGAGAUAAUCCAGUUCACGAAAAAACUGGCAGCAGGAUAGAGGACAGAAAAUGUAUGACCCUUCUGGAAGGAAGGAAGGCAGAUAUGCUGUGCUGUUGGGAGUGCCCAGCUGGCGGGCCCGUCUGCACAUGUGUAGCCCCAGCUUAACUACACCACUGUUUUGGGAAACGGGAAAUGCUUUGGGAGCAACUGCUGAGUGGAAAGAGGCUGGGGACUGCUGGCAAAGAACCUGCCCCACUUGGCUUCUUUCUGAUUGCAGAGCAUCAAAGGAAUACCCGACUCCUCCAGCCUUUUUUUCCCUCUCUUGGUAGCAACAAAAAGGACCUCAAAUACUGGCUAACAGCUUGAGUUAAAAGGGCUGGUCGUAUAGAAGUGAGCUUUUAAGUGAGACAGUCUGAGAUUGCUUGUAGUUGAACUUCUGGUUAUGGGAUUUGCAACUUUCAGAUCUGUUGGAUCUGUGGUGAGUUAUAGCAGUAAUAAAUUCACCUGUUCUGGUAAAUAAAAAUAAGUAUAUUCAUCUGUGUAGUAUCUCGUGUGGGGCAGGGAGAAGUACAUACAGUGUAUAUUGUCCGGAACAGAAAGCCUGCCUAUUUUCAAUUACCUUCGUGUAUGCCAGUGAGCGUAUUUUGGUCAAAGCCUUCUGAGUAUCGUGGACCUCUGGUAGUCGUCAGGAGCUCACUCUGCUUCAGUCCUGCUAGCUGAUAUGAGAGAUUAUGGAUGCUCCAGUAAGACCCAGAAGGGAAUAACUUUUUCAGUAAAGGAUGGUUUGUAUUAACUAGUCUGUCAACUCAGGCUGAGCAAUUUGAGAGAGAUUUGUUACCAGUCAGUCUCAUUUCCUGAGUUUCCUUCACCCAAUGGGAACACCCGGAGUCUGUUUUGGAGUGGAAGUUAGAUCAUAGCAGUGAGGAGCUGCUCUCCAUUACUGAGAUAAACUGGAGAAAUUCGGCUGAGUUUGAGUUUGAGACUCUGGGUUUGUCUCAGCGUAACGUACCAGAAUUUCUCUCUUGCAUGUUUGUAACGCAAACAGCCUCAGUUCCUGGAACCUGAGUUACUGAUGGGAGAACGCAAUAUAAAUGGUUUGGGAUCAGUGUCCUGGCUAAGAAUUAGUGACAUAGGAGAAGAAUGGUGCAGCAGAAGUGGAGGAUCCCUUAGGCCUGAAUGAAGUGCUACCUUUUAAGUGCUGUAAUUGGAAGAUGAACAAUCCAUGUCUGCUAGGGACCUCAAACAUGCUAUAGGAGAAAUGGAACAUGUUUGAAUUUGUCAUAAGGGAGGAGUCAGCAUAAACAAGCCGGUGCUUUGUCCAGAUGGUAACUCUGAGAAGGAAGUUACCGGAGAAACUGCUUUUGUGUGUUCUCCCACUGCCGGCUGGGAGCAAGCACAGACCUUUGACCAAAAUACUCCAGCCUCAUGCUGCUGCCUCAGCCCUUUUCCAUUCCCAUCGCAAACUGGAUAGAGAAACAAAAUACCUUCGGCUUCACGGUAUGUACUCCUCAGAGAACGCGCAUACUGCACAUCUAAGGGCACCAUGGUGCAGGCUGAAGAAUUUUGAGGUUUAACUUCAUCUUGGUAUAGAACAGUGCACACAUGUAGAUAAAUCCAAUAACAUACAUUUUUUGGCACAUUUCUUGGCCUCUAGGGCUGUUUUCAGUGUCAAGUUUUGCAUGUGCUCUGACAGCAUUAAUAAAGAGAUGAGGACCCUAGUGCCAGCAGGAUGACUUAUCCCUGGUUCUGGAAAAGCUAAUAUUACAGCUGCCCCUGUAAGGUUCUCUUCAUCCCUGUCCCUCUCUGUAAGAAGUCUAGGGUCCAGAACAGGCCAGGGGACUUGAGAGCAAUGCACUUGAAGGGGUCUUUGGGGCUUGAGAACCAACCAGCUCUCAUUAUCAGAUCCAGGAGGAAACAACUCAGGUGGCCCUUGCAAAAGGAAAAGGAAGUUGAUAUGAGUUAAGGGAAUACUCUUAACUUUAUGCCUCAGUUUAAAGAGUUUGCUUGUGAAGUUAGAUUAGCAGAUGCCUACCUAGAGGGGAAUUAUGCAUGGAGUGAAUUAAGCCCACAAAGAGAAGCUCUCAUGGUCUAAGGGUGUCUGUUGCCUUUUUCCUGGCGUAGCUAGGUGGCUUGUUGUUGUCGUUUUUUUUCUUGUGUUCUUGAUAUUAUUGUAUUAUUGCCUUUGGAUGGAUUAAAAAAGGUGAUUGUGACCGAUGCAAUUGAUGCAGGGUUUUAGAUCUCA